AUGAUUAAUUUCUUGAAAUGUCUGAUCUUUUUUGUAAGAUGCCAUAAACUUUCGGAUGUUGCUACUGAAAAAGACAUCUCAAUUGCUGAACAAGAUGAUCUCCAAGCCAAAGAAAAAGAGAAGAAACUUGGACAUAGGCGAGUGGGUGUUGAUGGAGAAAUCACCUAUAAAAAAAUUCAAACUGGUCAAAUUAUGGGUUCCAUACAACUGGGAAUACAACAUGCAGUAGGAGGCCUUGCUUCAAAGCCCGAACGCGAUUUGCUUAUGCAAGAUUUUAUGACCGUUGAAACGACUGUGUUUCCAAGUGAUGGUACUAAUCACACUCCAGCUCACCAUUAUCCAGAGUUUAUUUUUAAGACAUACGCUCCAAUUGCAUUCCGCUAUUUCAGAGACUUGUUUGGCAUUCAGCCAGAUGAUUAUCUUAUAUCGUUUUGUAACUCGCCACUUCGUGAACUAUCCAAUCCGGGUGCUAGUGGAUCAAUAUUUUACCUUACUCGGGAUGAUGAAUUUAUCAUGAAAACUGUACAACAUAAGGAAGGUGAAUUUUUACAAAAACUACUUCCUGGAUACUAUAUGAAUUUGAAUCAGAAUCCGAGAACUCUGUUGCCAAAAUUUUUCGGUCUUUAUUGUUAUCAAUGCAAUUCAAAAAACAUUAGAUUAGUAGCUAUGAACAAUUUAUUACCUUCUAACAUAAAAAUGCACCAAAAGUAUGAUCUGAAAGGCUCGACUUACAAAAGAAAAGCUUCCAAAGACGAAAGACAAAAAUCAUCGCCUACGUUUAAAGAUUUAGACUUUAAAGAACAUCAUCCUGAUGGUAUUUUUUUGGAGCCAGACACUCACUCAGCUCUUCUCAAAACUAUGCAAAGAGAUUGUCGAGUACUAGAAAGUUUUAAAAUAAUGGACUACAGUCUUUUAGUAGGUGUUCAUAAUGUCGACCUUGCUCAGAGAGAGAAAGAAGAAAGACGAGUGGCACGGUUACGUAAGGCUGUAGAAACCGAUGCAGAUACUUUAUCAGAAACGUCGACAUUAAGUCGAACAGCUGAAGCCAACCGGCAGCGUUUGAUGGCUCAUUCAACAGCAAUGGAAAGUAUUCAAGCAGACACUGGAACUUCUUCAGAUGAAGAUUGUGCUUCGCCUAGAGGUGGCAUACCUGCUAGAAGUGGAAGUGGUGAUAGCUUAUUACUAUUUGUCGGAAUUAUUGACAUACUACAAAGUUAUCGACUAAAGAAGAAACUGGAGCAUACGUUCAAAGCUAUCAUACACGAUGGCGACUCUGUUUCUGUACACAGACCUGAUUUCUAUGCCACUAGAUUUUUGGACUUUAUGACCAAAUCAGUGUUCAAGAAACUUUUGUGUCCCCUAAAACGUUCACCAUCCAAGCGUCGAAGCAUGUCGCGUACACGAACGCGUGAUCAAACAGAUGCGGAAGGUACAUUUUCCACAUGUUCAACGCCACCUCCAGCAUUUGAGGAUGCUAUUCGUCGUGACUUUGUAUACGACAAACGUUCCAGCAUGACUCGCAUACGUCGUCCAUCACCAGGAUUGCGCAUAGAUGGCCCUUCUGGCUCGUCGCACGCCGGCGAGAGUAAGUCGUCUACAUUGAGUGUGGGAUCGGGCAGCACUACAUCUGGCAUCGGGGGUUCAGCAGGCAGACAAUCUGUGGAAGCUACAUGGACAGAAGGCACACCUAGCUACACGGAGUCUUCAAGCAGCGCCGACAUGGCUUCAGAUACCAUACAAAUGGCAAUUCUGGGGGGUGACCUUAAAUCAUUAGAAAUGACACGCUUAUAA